CACGUCGCUAAAAUUGGUUCAUUGGAUUAAAAUUCAUAAAAAUUGGAUUUAAUUUCCAAUCGGUUUAUUGGGUUUAUUGGUGAUAUCUCGCGGCAAUUGUACUGCGUUCGAUCCACGAUGGUAGAUGACGGAACACGCAAAACCCUCAGCAGCAUUCCACUGCUCAAAACCAAGGCAGGGCCCAGAGAGAAAGAGCUAUGGGUGCAACGCUUAAAGGAAGAAUAUCAGAGUUUAAUAAUGUACGUGCAAAACAAUAAGUCCUCCGAUAUGGACUGGUUUCGACUUGAAUCGAACAAGGAGGGAACCAAAUGGUUCGGCAAAUGUUGGUAUGUUCACAAUCUGCACAAGUUCGAGUUUGAUGUAGAGUUCGACAUCCCGGUAACUUAUCCGACUACGGCACCGGAAAUAGCGCUACCCGAACUGGAUGGGAAGACAGCGAAGAUGUACCGCGGGGGAAAGAUUUGUCUCACUGACCACUUUAAGCCACUGUGGGCGAGAAAUGUCCCGAAAUUUGGAAUUGCACACGCCAUGGCGCUAGGGCUUUCUCCAUGGUUGGCAGUGGAAAUCCCGGAUCUAAUAGAAAAAGGCGUCAUCUCGUACAAGGAAAAGGGUGAGACGUCGGGAUAAUAGUUGACCGCUUCAAGGCGUUUCGUCCUGUGGUUUCCGUGGUCUUCGCUUAAUGGCUGCUCCUGGUAUUGAACAUACACGAUAAAGAGAGUUCGGAAAGCAAUAAAAAUGGAAAACCAGUGUCUGCCAGUUUCU